UAUUAACUAGUUUUGGUCAAAACUUGUUGAUGACUCUAUCAUAUUCAAAAUUUUAAAAUCUUAACAUGUUCUACAUCAAAGGAGUCUUAGGAAUCCUUUGGUUAGUAAAUCGGCGUAUAUAUUAUAUUGCAAACAAUCUGUCCAAGAUGGAGCGGCGCCUCACACGAUCUUCUGCGUCAGUGGAAUUGUAACUUUGGAGAUGGCAAGCCGCGCGAAGGCAAGGAACGAGGCACUCUUCAUUCAAGGUGUUUGCGCAAUUGCCUCAAAGGGAAGCUGGCGCACUCUGUCGAGUCCCCACAUCACCACGCGCCUCUCCUCCUCCGUCCACCGAAUCCUGCUCCACCUCUCCCUCGAUUCCGCCCUCUCGUGGCGUUUCUUCAACUGGGCCGCUCUCUCUCUCCCCCACUACCGCCACUCGUUAUCCACCAACUUCGCCAUGGUCCGCAUCCUCACCAACGCCCGGCGAUUCCAAGAAGCCCGCGAUUUGCUCGAGAAGUUCGCCUUCAAGCAGCUCGUCUCUUCGCCGUCAGUGCUGGGAUCCUUUCUCAGCACUCACGAUGAUGACGACGACAAGGACUCCGAUUCGCAAAUCGUAAGUUGGCUCGUUUUCAUCCACGCUCGGUCGAACAAGAUCCAGGACGCACUCCAGCUGUUUGAUGAAAUGAAGAAGAGAAGACUAAAACCUGAUCCUCAUGCUUGCAGCGCUCUAUUAAGCGCACUAGCUAAAGCAAGACUAACGGCCACAGCUUGGAACGUCUAUGAAGCUCUUCGCAGCUUAAGAGCUGUUCCCAAUCUCUACAUUUUCAAUGUCAUGAUCCAUGUAUGUUACAAAUCGGGGGAUAAUGAGAAGGCCGAUAAGUUGUUGCUGGAGAUGGAGAGGAAGGCUGUACCUCCUGAUUUGUUCACCUAUAACACGUUGAUCUCGCUGUAUUGCAAGAAGGCAAUGCACUAUGAGGCUUUGGCUAUUCAGGAUAGAAUGGAGAAGAAAGGAAUCCAUCCAGAUAUUGUGACUUAUAAUUCUCUUAUCCAUGGUUUUUGUAAAGAAGGUAGAAUGAGGGAGGCAUCAAAGCUUUUUAAGGAGAUCAAGCAUGCCAUUCCGAACCAAGUUACUUAUACUACGCUCAUAGAUGGCUAUUGCAGAAUGAAUGACCUCAAUGAAGCACUUAGAUUGCGUGAAGAGAUGGAAGCAAAAGGUAUGAAUCCUGGGGUGGCUACGUACAAUGCAAUCAUACGAAAGCUUUGCACAGAAGGUAAAUUGAAGGCUGUUAAUGAUCUGUUGAAUGAGAUGGAUGAUAGAAAGGUGCAACCCGAUAAUUUCACGUGCAACACGUUGAUUAAUGCAUACUGCAAGAGAGGAAACAUGGAUUUUGCAUGGAAGUUAAGGAACAAGAUGCUGGAGUCUGGACUAGCCCUAGACCAAUUUACUUACAAGGCCUUGAUACAUGGCUUCUGCAAGGUCCAACAACUAGAUGAGGCUAAGGAAGUUGUCCUUGACAUGCUCGAAGCAGGUUUUGCCCCAAAUUACGCUACUUACUCAUGGCUCGUAGAUAGUUAUAGUAGCCAGAACAAUGUCGAAGCUUUACUGAGUAUUUCGGAUGAUAUUGGAAAAAGAGGCAUUUCUGUGGAUAAGUCAUUAUACAGAGCUCUCAUAAGAAGACUAUGCAAGCGAGGCAUGGUCAAUGUUGCACAUGAGGUGUAUAACAAGAUGCUAGGCAAAGGUAUAUUAGGAGAUAGUCUUGUGUAUUCUUCUCUUGCAUAUGGCUACUUGAGUGUAGGAAAGAGGAUUAAAGCUUGUGAGAUACUUAAUGAAAUGGUUGAGAAGCAGUUAAAUAUAACAGCUAAGGUUUACAAAUGCCUCUGUGCUUCAUAUGUAAAUGAGAGUGUUGUAUUGGACUUGUUAUGGAGCUAUGCCAUUGAGAGAGGUCUUAUCGCGAAGAAUGUAUACAAGCUGAUGCAGGAAGCCAUACCAAACUCUCAGAAGGAUGCCUUAAAUGUGCCUAGUUCAUUUCGAUAACCUUUUUCCUGCGAGUUUAAAAUAAUAUAAAAUUGGGCUAAACUUUGACAUAGUGACGGGAAGAUUCAACUCAAGAAUGUUUCUUGAAUAGAGCCACACAAACAGAAUAUCAAAUACGAAGUUGUCACUACAAUAUUUUCAACGAUUUCUGGCUGCUCACAAUCAUUUUGCGAGGAACUUACAAGAUAUACCACAUGAACCUGAAUAGCUAAUCUAUUGUGAUACAUGCAGCUUCAUCCAACAAGGUUGGUAGCUUUUACUUGGUCUAAAGUGUCAAUAUGCAACCAAUGCAGAGACAUGCAAUAGGGUGAAUUCCAGAUUCUUGAUGGUAGGUAGUGGCUCAGGUUUUCCAACUAGAAGAUGUCGGUUAGCUUGGGGUAUGACAUAGGAUAAAAGGAAUAAAUGUGCACUUUUAUUUUUAUGGGGCAUACAUACACAGAAUCUUCAUUCCUUUCAACACCAAAUCAACCACUUGUAGGGAAAUCAAACACUUUUUAAUUUCUGAUUCUGUAUGUGUUAAUAUUCCAAAGAUAAAAAGUCUUCUCCAACGCAGUCAUUGCUAUUUAACCUCAGCAAUCAAAGCUCCUCAUGAAUAUCUUUGAUUGGAGCAGUGAGAUUUGUGUUUGUCUAUGGUAUUACAAUUUCAUGUCCGUGUAUGAAUCCUUUUUUGUGAUAGAAGCUUUCAAUCCCUCUUAAGUUUUUGCCAUCAUAAUGCUGUUGUUGUGGGUCAUUUUGGUAUUGCUCCAAGGUUAUUUCAGGUUUAUCGCACUUGGACAUGAAUUCUCUCCUUAGUUUCUCAGCUCUUACACGAAGAAGAAGUUUAUUUUGUCUUCAUGAAGUAUAUAUUUGAAGCGAGAGAAUCCUGAAACCAAGCAAAAGCUCAGAACAGUGAUAUAGUGUCUCUCCCAAUGGUUUAUCCAGUGAAGCUCCAACUGCAUAUUCUCCUGUCAGUUUGAUUUUGAAUCUUGGGGCCUGGUAUUUGGAUGGAGAAUUAAGAGGAUGAAUCAUAGAAAAGGUGGAUUUUUGAAAUUUUCAUCCUAGCAAUUUUCAGUUGACAAAGAUAAUUGAAGGUCCAAGUGGAGUGAUAAUAGAAGUUCUUCAUCUUGCUUACAA